UCUCAGUACUGCAACACUCUGGACGACGAGGAGAAGAAGGAGCUGCGAGUGUUCAGUCAGCAGAGGAAGAGAGAGAACCUGGGCCGAGGCGUCGUCAGACUCUUCCCUCUGACGAUGACGGGCGCCAUCUGCCAACAGUGUGGCCGUCAGAUCUGCGGGGGGGACAUCGCGGUGUUUGCCAGCCGCGCGGGGCAGAGCGGCUGCUGGCACCCUCAGUGUUUCCGCUGCCACACCUGCAGCGAGCUGCUGGUCGACCUCAUCUACUUCUUCCAGGAGGGAAACAUCUACUGCGGGCGGCACCACGCCGAGAGGCUGAAACCCCGCUGCCAGGCCUGUGACGAGAUUAUUCUGGCUGAUGAGUGCACGGAGGCCGAGGGUCGGUACUGGCACAUGAAGCACUUCUGCUGCUUCGAGUGUGAGGCGUCGCUGGGCGGUCAGCGUUACAUCAUGAGAGAGAGCCGGCCGUACUGCUGCGCCUGCUACGAGUCGCUGUACGCCGAGUACUGCGACACCUGCGGGGAACACAUAGGUACUGAGUCAAGAAUAAAGAAGCUCCU